GCGUACAUGACGUUCGGCGAAAAACUAAAAAAAAGAAGAAGAAGAAAUAGGAGGCUGUCAGACGUUAGUGAAAAAGAGAUUUUUCCGUGAAAAAGGCCGCUUUUCCUCGCAAUUUGUGCCCAAAAUCCAACAAUAGCACCCCUCAAAGAGAAUGGUGUUAUGAGAUUCUCCUGGUGCCCACAGAGAGAAUCCACGUGAAAGUCCCCAAAUUCGACCAAACAGAGAAACAUGAUCCCCAAGGAGAACAUUGACCUGGAGUGCUUCCUCGUGACCAAGCACUCGUGGAAGGGGAAGUACAAGAGAAUCCUGGGUGUAGGUACAACUGGGGUGUCCACCUACAACCCAGACAAAUUUGACCUGACCAACCGGUGGCCCUACAGCGAUGUGGUCAGUGUUGUGCCCAAUAAAACGGGCAAUAUCCAUGAAUUCCAGCUGUCUGUGCGCAAGGAGAAGAAACUGGACACCAUCAAGCUCUCCUCGGAGUUUCGCAAUGAAAUCCUCACGUCCCUACUGCGAUUCCACAAGGAAUUCGCCGAACGGAUGAAGCCGGUGCAGAAGUAUCAGGCUUACAAGCAUCACUGGUCAGGCAUUGAUCUGCCCAUUGUCCUGGAGGUCACUCCAUAUUCCCUGGAUCAACUAGAUCCGGCCACGGAGACCGUCAUGGCCAGUUACUGCUACAAAGACAUCGAGGGCAUUAUCGACACUUCUGAUUGUUUCUCAGGCAUUCAGGAUUACGAUGGAGGAAUUGUUGUUGCUUGUGGUGGUUUUAGUCGCAUUCAUCUCUUUAAGGCACUCAAUCACCAUGAAAUUGUGCAGAAUAUUGCACAGUGUUCAGCACAAUUUCUUGGUUUUGAGGUCAAAGUGCUGCAGAGUCAGAUAACAAUGGAGAGAUUUGAGAAGGAGCGCUUUGGAACUUAUUCAGGGGAUCACUGUCAGACAUCAAUGUCAGAAUUUUUGGUGCAGAAAAUAACCCCAAGGCAUUCAGAGCCAACAAGGAGGACACUAUGUCUCACAGAGACGACAAUCCUGGAGAGAGAUCCACAAACUUAUACCAUUUGCACUUUGAGACCUCUGACGGAGAUUUUUGCUCUGGUCAGAGAUCGAGAGAAUAUUCAGAUGUUCUGUAUUGAGUACAGAAAUGGAUUGGUCAGGACUUACUUGACUAAUGAUCGAGAUUCUCUCCUUGCGACCCUUCUGGACGCUGUGAGAUCCUGUGGGAAUCAAGAUGUUCAUGUUAGGAUCUCCAGGACUCCCAGGGGAAAGAGGGUGGGUCCAUUGAAUCAUCCAGUUGAUGAGGAGACAGAAGGACAUCUCCUGCGAUACGUAAUCAAUAACAUUCAGAACACUCAGAAGCGUAUGGAAAUCCUAGAACGCUUCAAUGCCAACAUUCCCUAUUCCGGACUCAAUUACAGCGUCACGCAGGAUAGUUUAUUUGCUGAGAACAAGGAACGCCUCAUUGUUCAGGCUCUCCAGGCUCUCAGUCAGAAAGAAGUCGAUGGAGGUGCUCAAAUGACAAAUCUCGAAGUUGAAGCAACUUUUCAUGCACUAAGACGUCUGCUGGCCAGCAAAGUAGGCUUUGCUUCCUUCACAAAUUUGCCAGGAUUCCGGGAGGCCAUCGGUGUGAAAGUUGUAGCUUCUCUCAGGCGAAAUGACUUGGCUGUAACUUAUGCUGCCAUCGAUAUGAUUAAUUCCCUAAUGCACUCGAUGAAUGCGGAUUUUGACCUGAAGCAAGAACAACUGAACAAAUUCUCACUGCUCUCCUCAAAGUCCUUCCUGGAGAGUUUGCUAGAAAUGUGGACAGGACAUGCGAAUCUUGGCAGUGGAGCUUUAGUGCUCUCAGCCAUGUUGGACUUCCUGACAUUCGCUCUUUGCGUCCCGUACAGCGAGACGACAGAUGGCAAACAGUUUGACAUUCUGCUUGAAAUGGUGGCUUCACGAGGUCGUUCUCUCUUCAGGCUCUUUCAGCAUCCAUCCCUGGCGAUUGUCAAGGGAGCUGGCCUGGUGCUGAGAUCGCUAAUUGAGGAGGGAGGACCUCAGGUGGCCAAUCAGAUGCAAACUCUAGCCCUGGAUGAGGCAGCUCUCUGCCGGCAUCUCCUGAUCGCUCUGUAUACCUCAAGCAAUGAUCCCACAAUGGCCACUCAUCGGCAAUUGUCGAGGCAUUUGGUUGGUUUGUGGAUCACAGACAACGAAGAUGCCAUGCAUUUGUUGCAGAGGAUUUUCCCAGCAGGAUUACUGAUGUUCCUGGAGAAUGAGGAUGAAGUGCCCAAGGGAGAUGUUGAGGAGGAUAAAUUGAAUUUCCGGGAUAAUCUCAAAUUAGCCAUUCAGCAUUCGAGUAAAGGGGCGAGGAGUGUGAUUGAGAAGCAUUUGGAGGGUAUUAAACAUUGGGGCCUUAAUUUGAUAGACAGGCAGGAGAAGGUGAAGCAGGCCAUGAAGAAUAGGCCCAUAGUCCUGAGGAAUAGGCGGCAGAAGAAGAAAACGACGGAGAGUGUAAUGAAUCUGCCGCUAUUUUUCUAUCAAUUUCAACAGAAUCACUCGAUGCCCAAUUUAAUCUGGAACCACAAAACAAGGGAAGAGCUAAGGGCGGCUCUGGAAAACGAACUGAGGCAGUUUUCGCAGGAUAAGGAUCUGUCUGGGAAUAUUUUAGUGGCGUGGAAUUAUGAGGAAUUUGAGGUUCAGUAUCAAUGUCUGGCGGAUGAGAUAAAGAUAGGGGCGUACUAUAUUCGAUUGAUUCUGGAGCGGGAUGAUUGGCCACAGAAUCUGGUGACGGAUCCCAUUGAGUUGUUCAAUGCCCUGUACAGAAGGGUCCUCUGCCGGAAUCGAGUGAACGAUGAUCAAUUGACUGUGACGUCACUUCAGGCUCUGGCCAAGGUUUACAGGAGGUACCACGAGGAGAUUGGAUACUUCAGUGACAUGUCCUACAUCCUUCAGAUGCUGGACAGGUGCCUGUCUCCGGCUCUGAGGGAUGCUCUGCUGAACCUUGUGAGGAAUCUUGUUCUGAACAAGGCCAAUUGUCGUCCACUGACGGAUCAUGUCAAUUGUCUCGUGGACCUGAUCAGUCUGGCACAUUUGCAUCGAGGGAGAGCUCUGCCCAAUACCAAGACAAAUGUCAUUGAAGCUGGUCCGAAUAUGACGCAGUACGAGGAGAAGGAUUGGUACUACAAUGUGGAGAAGGAGGGAGAGAAACCGGAGAGAUGUGGUCCGGUGACUUUUGGGGAUCUCAAGGAAUUGUGGAAGAAGGGAGUUUUGAAUCCAAGGACUAGAUGUUGGGCAAUUGGAAUGGAUGGUUGGAGGUCUCUGCAGCAGAUUCCGCAGCUGAAAUGGUGUCUGAUGGCCAAGGGGUCUGCCCUGUACAAUGAGACAGAAUUGGCAUCCUUGGUUCUGGACAUUCUCAUCAAAUGCACAAGUUUCUUCCCGAGUCGUGCUCGAGAUGGAGCUGCUGUGUUGAUUCCGGGUCCUAAACUCUCGCGGAAAUUGUCAGAAUUCAUCUGUCUCCCUCACAUUGUCCAGGUUUGUCUGACGCAUGAUCCUGGACUGUUGGAGAGAGUGGCAACGUUGCUGUGUCAGAUCAUGGAGGAUAAUCCCGAAAUGCCCAAAGUCUACCUCACAGGAGUCUUCUACUUCAUGCUAAUGUACACUGGAAGCAAUAUUUUGCCCAUUGCGCGAUUCCUCAAGAUGACGCACAUGCGUCAGGCAUUCCGGGGCGAAGAGACAUCCCAAUUGGGCAUCAUGCACAGGAGUAUCCUGGGGCAACUUCUGCCCGAAGCAAUGGUAUGCUUCCUGGAGAAUCACAGUGCAGAGAAGUUUGCAGAGAUUUUCCUCGGAGAAUUCGAUACGCCUGAAGCAAUUUGGAAUUCAGAAAUGAGACGAUUGCUCAUUGAGAAGAUCUCCGCUCAUAUUGCUGACUUUACUCCGCGCCUGAGAGGUCACACAAUGGCUAGGUAUCCGUAUCUGGCCAUUCCCAUCAUCAGCUACCCGCAGCUGGAAAAUGAACUAUUCUGUCACAUUUUCUACCUGAGGCAUCUCUGUGACACAGUAAAAUUCCCCAAUUGGCCCAUUCCGGAUCCCGUUCAGCUGCUAAAGCACACUCUGAUCGCCUGGAGGAAUGAAGUGGAGAAGAAACCACCACAAAUGACAGUUCAGCAGGCUUAUGAGGAUCUAGGGAUUGACCUGACAAAGACACCAAACCCAGAAGAAUCCCAGGUGAGAAAGAGCUACUAUAGAUUGGCCCAGCUCUAUCAUCCGGACAAGAAUCCAAAGGGUCGGGAUAUUUUUGUGCGAGUCAAUCAGGCUUAUGAGUUCCUCUGUGCUAGAACAGCCAUGACAGAUGGUCCAAGUCCAAGCAAUAUUGUACUGAUUCUGAGGACACAGUCAAUCCUCUUUGAUCGGUAUGCUGAGGAAUUGAGACCGUACAAGUAUGCGGGAUAUCCGCAAUUGAUAAAAACAAUACGGCUUGAGACGAAGGAUGAACAGUUGUUUUCGAAGUCUGUGCCACUUUUGAGUGCAGCAGCUGAAUUGUGCUAUCACACAGUUCACUGUUCGGCAUUGAAUGCGGAAGAAUUGAGGCGGGAGGAGGGUAUUGAGGCACUGUUGGAGGCUUAUUCGAGAUGUGUGUCAAUUAUGGGGGUGGAUUCUAAGCCGGAAUCUCUGCACUAUCAGGUCAUUUCGAAUAUAACGAUGUGCUUUGAGGUGGCGUGCAAUUUUGAGAAUUGCAAGAAGAAGAUUCUGGAGUUGCCGCAGCUCGUGGUGGAUGUUUGUCGGGUGGUGUACUUUAAGCAUUCACUUUCGGUGGGAUUGGUCACGAGUUUAGCGGCUAAUAAUCUCGAUUUGCAGUGCAAUUUGGUGAAGAAUGGGGUUCUGUGGUCACUCCUUCUCUUUAUGUUUGACUAUGAUUACACGUUGGACGAGAGCGGAGUGGCUACGGAUGAAAAGUCAAAUAAUCAGAAAGUGGCCAAUAAUCUGGCAAAGCUUGCAAUAUUGGCAUGUGUCUCUCUGGCUGGGUAUGAGAUGACAAAUUUGGCAAAGCCUAAAAUAUCCCAAACACCUCCCCCACCUCCCAUUCAGCAAAAACCGAAUAAUACGGCCAAUUCAAACUAUCAAGGAGGCACAAAUCUUGCCCUCAGAAGCACCUACAAUACCCAAGCUAGAAACCUCCUCCAGGACAAGUCAAAGGGGAACUUUAAGUCUUAUGUGGAGGAAAAAGUUGAUGAUUCUGUGGCUGAGGAGGCUCUUCCUGAGGAAGAGAAGAAAGCCGAAACAGUUGAAGAUGAACGAAAGUAUGCAAUAAGUGGACAGGCUGAAAAUGUUGUGGUAAAAAAGAUUCUCGAUAAGCUCGUGACACCAUUUGUGGCCAAUAAAUUCUCCACGGAUCCCGAUCGGGAUGUCCUCAAAAUGUUGACAUCAAACACGAGAAAUCCCUACUUGAUCUGGGACAAUGGCACGAGAGCACAAUUAAUUGAUUUUCUGGAAUAUCAAAGGACAACAAGUUCCAAAGAACAAUACGAAGAUAUAACGGAUAUCUACAGCAUUGUUGAAGGAUUCAGCUUUGAUGCUCACAAGGACGAACUGACGAUUGGAGGAAUAUUCAUAAGGAUUUACAUCGAAAUGCCAACAUUUCCUAUCAUUAAUCCCAAAACUUUUGUCAUUGAUUUGCUUGAAUUUCUCAAGCAAGGCUACAAUUUCCUCCUUGGUCAGCGACAAAUUUCACGUAAACCCCUAACACCUGCCCAAAUGAUGACGUCUACUGUCCCCUUGCGUCCUAUUCGGGUGAACAGUGGUGCAGGGGGUAAGCCAAAGAGUCCGGAGAUUGAUGGUGUCCUCACGGAGUAUGCCAAAUCGAGGACGAAAAAGUCUCUGGCUGAGGAACAUCAGCAGAGUGCCAAGUAUGACUUUGCAGCCAAUCCGAAUGCCCUUGAGCACAUUGUAAUGGUGCUAAAGGCAUUGAUUGCUGUGAUAAAGUCCAAUCCAAAUGUUGAGAUUCAGUGUAUUGGGCACUUUGAUAUGCUUUUUGGGUUUCUGUCGAAGAAUCUCUGUGAUCAGGAUGGGGUGAUAAAGUCACUGGCAUUGGAGAUUGUGUCUCUGGUGUCGAGGAAUAAGGAAUGUGUGAGUGAUAUUGCAGCAUGUGAGAUUCUUGGGCAUUUCCUCGUGGCCAUGAAGGAUAGGGAUUUGACAGAGUUGCAAGUGAAGGUUCUGGAGACUCUGAGUGGUCUGAUAAAUGCCCAGCAGAUGGUGAAGGAGGCUCAAAUGAAGGGAUCUGUGAUUUAUCUGUUGGAUUUGUUCUGUAACUCAAGGCAUCCCAAUAUCCGGGAAACUGCUGCAGAAAUCCUGGCUAAAUUGACAGCUGAUAAACUCAGUGGACCCAAAGUUAGGAUUUCUGUCUGCAAAUUCCUCCCAGCUGUCUUCCUGGACGCCAUGAUUGACUCUCCGGCCAUUUCGGUGCAAAUGUACGAAUCUACGCAUGAACAUCCCGAACUAAUUUGGAAUGACAAGACCAGGGAUCGUGUCAGUGAUGCUGUGACAGAAAUGGCCAGUACUUUCUACGUGCAGCAAAAGGAGAAUCCCAAAUUACUUUGGAAGGAUCCAGAAAUGCUCCAGGACAUUGUGACAAAUGAACUGGUAGUUUCCGGAGUCUACCUUAGGCUCUAUGUGGCCAAUCCGGGAUGGACUCUACGGAAGCCCAAGCAAUUCCUCUCAGAUUUGCUGGACUUUGUCGUUGAGAAUAUCAGCAAAAGUGGUGGAGAGAAGCAGAAGGAAGUGCUCGAUGUAUCAACGUCUGCCUUAGUUUCACUUCUAAAUGCCCAACCAAAUCUGGCCGAUGCCAUUCCAGUUCUUGGCCACAUCCCCAAAUUCUUUCGUCAAUUGUCUAUUCAACCGAAGAGUGCUUUAACUGUUCUACAUCAAUUAUCACUUUCAGAUAUUUGUGUGGCUGCAAUUGCGCAGACAGAAUGCAUUGAAUCACUGAAGAAAUGCAUGGAAAAUAACAGGGAACUCACGGCGACAACUUGUGAGACAUUGAGUCGUAUGUUUAAAUGUCAGCAUGAUUCGCUCAUAAGGCAGUCGUUGGAGUGUAAAUUGAUUCCAUAUCUGCUGAAUUUGCUCACCGUGAGGCUGGAAUUGGGUGAGAAUCCGGCAAUGGUGAAGGCACAAAUUGUGGCAGCUCUCAAAGCAAUGACCAACAAUCUCAAUUACGGUGAUCGUGUCAAUGAGAUUCUCAAUGGGAGUUCUGUCUGGGCUGAAUUCCGGGAUCAGAAGCAUGAUCUCUUCAUCACAGACACCAAUAUUCGGGGAUAUUUGACCGGAGUAAAUUCAACAGCUGGAUACCUAACUCAGGGUCCAACAAACAAUGUUGAAGUACUUACUUCACCGCCACCCAUCGAUCGAGAUGAUCCUCUGGCCAGAAAUUCAAUUGAAUAAGUGAGUGUAUAGUAUACUAAAUUAAGGGAUUUCUAGUGUAAAAAGAAAAAAAAAACAUUUUCCUAGAAGUAGUCCCUUUUUGCACAGCCAGUGUGUUUAUUUGUGGUAUUUAGUCCUUCACGAAAAGAAAUACCACAAUUAUGUAAAAUUAUGUGAUAUACUUACAUAGAUAUUUUAUACAUAAAAAAUAAAAGGAGAAAAAGCAAAAAAAUUCUCGAAGAAAUAUCAACGAGAAUAAGGUAAAAAAAAGCGGCGAUGAAAUGAUAACGACACUAUCAAAGAAAAUAAAAGAAAUUAUAUCAAUAACUUUCUAUAAUUAUUUUUUCAUACACAUGUUAAGUAAGAGAGAGAGAGAGAGAUGAAAGAUUAGCAUGUAUAAAAAAGAAAUUGCUAAAAACAAUAAUAAUUAAUUUACAUUUAGAAAAAGAUAAUGAAGAACAAAGAGAAAAAAACAAAAUCAAGUAUUAGUGUGAAAUUUUUGGAGAUUUUACUCGUGAUUUGGAUUUUUAGUUAAGUUUUUCGCACUAAAAAUCACAAUCAAGUUUAAAAUUACUUUUGAUUUUUGCUAAUUGAAAAGAAUAAAGAGAGAUACACUAUGAUAAAAAAAA